CCUGUGAGGGGAAUCAUGAAUCAGGCUGUUCUCACACUGCUGUGUGCUCUGGUGUUUGGAGUGACUCUUACACACUCUGCAGGGCAAGCAGGGGGGCUAUCACAACGCUGUUUAUGCAGAGGCAGACUGCUGAAAGCAGUGAAGCCCAGAUGGAUUCGUGCAGUUGAAUUGCUCCCACCAAGUCCCUCUUGCUCAAAGACGGAGAUUAUAUUGACUGUGACUGGAAAAGGAAAGGGUAAAGGAAAGGAGGUUAACAGAAUGUUAAAGGUGUGUUUGGAUCCAAAUAAGAGGCAAGGCCAGAGAUUACUGAAGGGCAAAUGGAGGCAAAACAAAAAGCAAAGGAACAGAGGAAGAAAAGAGAAGAUUAAGAAGUCUGACAACAAGGAUGAUUAUUGAAGUUAUUCUAUCUGUUAUAAUGCACAAGAUUUCAAAGCCAUUUAGCCAUAAAUGUAUUCUUUGUGAUUCUUUGUGAUUUCUAUGAUGAAACUAUAACUAACACUAUCGUUUUGAGCUGAACACACUUUUUAACUUUUACUGAAUAAUUUUUAUACAAACCUUUCUAAUCCAGAGGAAAUCUGUGUGUGAUGUAGCCAUGAAAUAAAAAUA